AUGGAUUUUGAGCCUUCUUGGACUGCCACCCCCUACCCUGGGGGCACCCUGCUUGUCCCCAAUGCCACCACACCCUGGCUGGGUAGGGAUGAAGAGCUAGCCAAAGUGGAGAUUGGUAUCCUAGCUACUGUCCUGGUUCUGGCCACAGGAGGCAACCUGGCUGUGCUACUGACCCUGGGCCGCCAGGGCCACAAGCGCUCCCGCAUGCAUCUGUUCGUGCUGCACUUGGCCCUGACCGACCUGGGCGUGGCGCUUUUUCAGGUACUGCCUCAGCUGCUCUGGGACAUCACCUACCGCUUCCAGGGCUCUGACCUCCUCUGCCGGGCUGUCAAAUAUCUACAGGUGCUCAGCAUGUUUGCUUCCACUUACAUGCUGCUGGCCAUGACGCUGGACCGGUAUCUGGCUGUCUGUCAUCCUCUUCGGAGCCUCCAGCAGCCCAGUCUCUCCACCUACCCUCUCAUUGCUGCUCCCUGGCUGCUGGCUGCCAUCCUCAGCCUCCCUCAAGUUUUCAUUUUUUCAUUGCGAGAGGUGAUCCAGGGCUCAGGGGUGCUGGACUGCUGGGCAGAUUUCUACUUUUCUUGGGGCCCGCGGGCCUACAUCACCUGGACCACCAUGGCCAUCUUUGUGCUGCCCGUGGUGGUGCUCACAGCUUGCUAUAGCCUCAUCUGCCAGGAGAUCUGCAAGAAUCUGAAAGUCAAGACCCAGGCUGGCAGGGAGAAAAGAAGGGGCUGGCGGACUUGGGACAAGUCCUCAUCUUCUGCCGCUGCAGCCGCCACUAGGGGGCUGCCGUCCCGGGUCAGCAGCAUCAGUACCAUCUCCAGGGCAAAGAUCCGAACAGUGAAGAUGACCUUUGUCAUUGUGCUGGCCUACAUUGCUUGCUGGGCACCCUUCUUCAGUGUCCAGAUGUGGUCUGUGUGGGACGAGAAUGCCCCCAAUGAAGAUUCUACCAAUGUGGCUUUCACCAUCUCGAUGCUUUUGGGCAACCUCAGCAGCUGCUGUAACCCCUGGAUCUAUAUGGGCUUCAACAGCCACCUGUUGCCACGUUCCCUGAGCCACCGUGCCUGCUGCAGGGGUUCCAAGCCCCGAGUACACAGGCAGCUCUCCAACAGCAGCCUUGCUAGCCGCCGCACAACACUGCUGACCCACACCUGUGGUCCAUCUACUCUCCGUCUCAGCCUUAACCUCAGUCUCCAUGCAAAGCCCAGGCCUGCAGGCUCACUGAAGGAUUUAGAACAGACGGAUGGAGAAGCCACUAUGGAGACGAGCAUCUUUUAG